AUGGCUGUGUACAGCCCAUUGGAGGAAUGCUUUGACUGUUCCAAGUUAGCAAGAACCAGUGUUCGCCAGGAUUGUGGAAAUGCCAUAGGCGCUAGAGCUUGGCUGCCCAAGUGCUUCAUACGCUACGACAACUAUUCCUUCAUCGGAAUACUUGAUACCAACACGAAGACCGCUUACAAUGGAGAAGAGGUCAGAGUUGAGCCUGGUGAGUUUAGUACGGCGGUUUGGGGGUUUCUCGCAAAGCUGUCAAUUGAAGCCGUUGGAUCUCCUCGUCGCUAUUAUUCUGGAUCGACAACUACCUCUAAAUUUCAGCAGAUAUACGGUCUGGUUCAGUGUUGGAGCGAUUUAACUUCCGUUCAAGACUGCGAAACAUGCUUAUGGAAUGCAAUUGUUGAGUUGUUAAAUGUGACGGGAGAUGGAACUCAUCUUGGAGGUGAGGCCGCCUCCGGAAGUUGCGUUGCUCGUUACGAAACGUACACCUUCUUCAAUCCUGCCUCUGCACCGUCACAGCCUCCCGUCCAAUUGCUUUCUCCCCCAUCACCUCUAAAACCGAGUACUAUGCUAAGAAACAUCUUAUAA